GUGUCUGGUUGCUGCUCAUAUCCAGGGUCCACCGGUCAUCAGAAUGCUAACUAGAGUUGAUUGUGAUCACUUCUUCCCCUAGGAGCCAGUCAACUGGGAUAGCCGGCAUGGGUUGGAAUGGGGCUCAGCCCUGGAGAACCUGUACUGUCGCCUUUUUGAGCUGUCUCGGAGCUAUUUUGGGACUCAGAGCGGCAGGCACCACUGGCCAGGAAGGAAAGUGCCCAGCCACAGGGGAAAAGCAUGAAGAGUCCUAAAGCUGGCCCUGGAACCCAUGGGUGCUGUGUGUGCCUGUCCUUGUGUAGAGCCAGCAAGCCCCAAGGAAGGGCCAGUGAACUGUCUGGGCUAGUAGAGGGGCAGAGCCUGGGACCUUUGUAGAGGUUCUAGAUUCUGAGCUCUAGAGCUUGUAGUGGGGUGCAUCAUUCCUGAGGGAGAAGUUUAGGUUCCGGGUGACUAUCCCUCCCCUCCUGCCCAAGAUGAGACGUUCUGAGUGUCUGAGUCCUGCUGUCCUCCCCUCUUCCUCUGGGCUCUCAGCCCAGGCUGCCUGGCUCCACCCAAGAGAGCAAUCCCUGCAGUGAGGGUAGUGGUUGUUGCCAGCUUCCCCCACCCGGUGGUCAGCCACAGCUCUCCCUUGUGCAUCUCCAGGUCCCACCUGCUCGCUCCCAUGACCAACAUGAGCUGGAGCUUCCUGACGCGGCUGCUGGAGGAGAUCCACAAUCAUUCCACCUUCGUGGGCAAAGUGUGGCUCACUGUGCUAGUGGUCUUCCGAAUUGUGCUAACGGCUGUGGGUGGCGAGUCCAUCUAUUCGGAUGAGCAAUCCAAGUUCACCUGCAACACUCGGCAGCCGGGCUGUGACAAUGUCUGCUAUGACGCCUUCGCGCCGCUGUCGCACGUGCGCUUUUGGGUCUUUCAAAUCGUGGUCAUCUCCACGCCUUCUGUCAUGUACCUGGGCUAUGCAGUCCAUCGCCUGGCGCGCGCCUCAGAGCAGGAGCGCAGACGCGCCCUCCGUCGUCGCCCCGGCCCCCGGCGCGUGCCCCGGGCGCAGCUGCCACCGCCGCCUCCUGGCUGGCCGGACACCACGGAUCUGGGUGAGGCGGAGCCCAUACUGGCGCUGGAGGAGGAGGAGGACGAGGAGCCAGGGGCGCCCGAGGGCCCCGGGGAAGACACGGAGGAGGAGCGCGCAGAGGAUGUAGCUGCCAAGGGGGGCGGAGGUGACGGCAAAACGGUGGUCACUCCUGGCCCGGCCGGGCAGCACGACGGGCGACGGCGCAUCCAGAGGGAGGGCCUGAUGCGCGUGUACGUGGCCCAGCUGGUGGUAAGGGCGGCCUUCGAGGUGGCCUUUCUGGUGGGCCAGUACCUGCUGUACGGCUUCGAGGUGCCACCCUUCUUUGCCUGUAGCCGCCAGCCUUGCCCACACGUGGUGGACUGCUUCGUGUCGCGGCCAACCGAGAAGACGGUCUUCCUGCUGGUCAUGUAUGUGGUUAGCUGCCUAUGUCUGUUGCUCAACCUCUGUGAGAUGGCGCACCUGGGCCUCGGCAGUGCUCAGGACGCUGUACGCGGCCGUCGGGGAGCCUCAGCGCCGGGUCCUGGCCCCGCGCCGCGCCCGCCGCCCUGCGCUUUCCCAUCCGCCGCCACCGCGGGGCUGGCUUGCCCUCCCGAAUACAGCCUGGUGGUGCGCGCGGCUGAGCGGGCGCGGGCGCACGACCAGAACUUGGCUAACCUGGCCCUGCAGGCACUGCGCGAUGGGGCGGCGGCGGCAGCGGUGGUCGCGGAUCGGGACAGCCCGCCAUGCUCAGGGCUCAAUGCAGCCUCUCGGGGGCCACCCAGGGCCGGUGGCCCGGCUUCCGGAACCGGUAGCGCCACGUCUGGGGGCACCGUUGGGGAGCAGGGCCGGCCGGGAGCUCAGGAACAGCUGACCACUAAGCCCAGGGCUGGCUCUGAGAAGGGCAGUACAGGCAGUAGGGACGGUAAGGCCACAGUGUGGAUCUGAGGGCACUGGGGAGAGAGCUCAGGGAGGGCCUGGCUUGAGGGGUCAAUGGAAAUCUUUCUGUCUUCAACCGGUGACCGCUGACAGACCCCCUCAGGGCUUUUCAAAGAGGAAGCUGAAGACCUUUAAGAGGCGCUGGUUCAGGUAUCUCCCUGCAGGAUGGGAAGGGGAGCCACCAGGGUCUUGUCCGUGGCCCCUGGGGAGGGGGGAGGGAGGAGGGGGCAGAGCUGUGUCCCAGGAACUGACUGCCCCUCCAGGCUGUCAAGCAGAUGACUCCUCUGCUGGGUCUGCCAGCCUUCCUUUUAGGCUGUCCUGCAGCUUCCUCAUAGGAUGGAGGUGUCUGGCAUGAACCUUUUGGGGACUGUGCUUACCCUCACUGCAGGAGCAUAUAGGUUCCUCUUCAGCCCCCUCAGCCCUUACAGAGCCAGGGAACUCCCAGGUCCGGGACAAGCAGAUAGCCUUGGUCUACUCCCAGCUCUUGGCUCCCUGCUUGAGGCAACUGAGUAAGACCCCAAGGAGGCCUGGGCUGAGUACAGCCUCCACUCCCUGAGCUGAGGUAGCCUGGCAUGGGCCGUUUCUAGGACAUCCUGGAAGUUCUGUCAUGCCUUGCUGCUUAGAUCCAUAAGGCUGUGGUCCAGGGCUGUGGUUUUUGGCCAUGUUGGAAAAUUAGAGCUCUGGGGAACCUGUCCCCAUCUUUUGUGCCCUUCUCCCCAUUUUAAAGCCAACUUCCGGAACAAAUGAAGAAAAUAAAACUAACUUUUUGUUUACA